CCACCAACAAUCACAAGAACUAACGGCAAAUGGCGGGUUCAGCGACACUCUCUGUUAUCUCUACCAGUUCAGUCCCCAAAAUUACCUGCAACAAGUCUGACUCAUGUGGAAAUAAGGUUAGGGUUUCGAUUCAGAGAAACCCAGAUUCGAUAACUUUCAGAUUUACCAGAAAUUAUAGCCGGAGACGUAGCCCAACGAGAUUGAAUGCCGGACUGACGGAGAUUGAGCCUGACCUCAAUGAAGAUCCCAAAGACCGGUGGGCCACCUAUGGCGUCAGCCAAGAAGACUUUAUCUAUGGAGAGUAUGAUGAUCACCAUACUUACCAUGAAGGUCACGAGAAAGGAACAUUUUGGGGAUCAGUUGCGGAAGACUAUGCAGCAGUAGGACCCCCUACCGGUUUCCAGGGGCUUAUUUCAUGGUUAUUCCUUCCUGCAAUUGCCGCUGGGAUGUACUUCAAUGUUCCGGGGGAGUACUUGUACAUUGGAGCAGCUGUUUUUACAGUAGUAUUUUGCAUUAUUGAGAUGGAUAAACCGAGCGAACCCCAUAAUUUCGAACCCCAGAUAUACAAUAUGGAGAGGGGUUCUCGCGACAAAUUAAUAGCUGAUUACAACACCAUGGACAUAUGGGAUUUCAAUGAGAAAUAUGGUGACCUUUGGGAUUUCACUGUGAAGAAGGAUGACAUCAUGAAGAGAUGAUGGUCAUCACAACAAAGCAUAACAAUUUUAAAUGACACAACCAGUCUGGACAGUAAAAGUGGUGCAGGACACUCAGAUGCUGUUCAGUGCUUGUGGAAAUCAUUCCUAUUAGUUCUUACAAGGCUUUGGCCAAAUGGGUAGAAUUGCUAAAAUAUCUUGGCACAUUCGAGACAAGAAAAAAAAAUGCAGCAAAAAUGAAUUAUUACAUUUUCUGAGAUGCUAGCAUUAUGGCACCCCUCUGCUGUACAAAAUCUUAUAUAUAGUCUUUUAUGUGUAUAUACAAGCGUGAUCCAAUGGUUAUAUUUGCCUCUAGAAGCUAAAUGAAAGGUGAAUUUUUGGUAAGCUUAUAGAUCUGUAUCUCUGAACUGAUGAAUGAGAAGGGAGUUUGUUUA